AUGUCUAAUACAAAAUUUCCAUCAGUUUCAAUUAAUGAAAAGUAUAGUUCAAUUAUAUUACAAGGUUAUAGAAGCGUAUUUUGAGAUCGAAAAUCGUCAAAAUAUUGAACAGUUAAUUUUAGAAUUAUUGUCACAAAUUCUUAAAAAUUGAGAGAUUAUAAUCAGAAAUAGACACUAGAAAGAGUGAGUUUGAAUUAGAAGAUUAAAAUUUAAUAUAAUUACUACCUAUUCAUCCACCAAUGAAAUUUACAUAAGAAGAAAAACAUCAUUGUUAAAGAACGAAUAUAAAUAUACCAACCCCUUUGGAGAUAUAAUAAAAAUUAAAAGCGUAAUUAACCCAUUAAGAAUUAUUAGAAGUAUUUUUAGCACAUUAAUCUAAAUUAUUAGAUUGGUGAAGAUCCAGCAUACUUUAUAUAAGAUGAAGAUAUGAGAAGAUUAAAUUGGAAUGAGGAAGAUUGGUUAUCAAAAUCUCAUACACAUUUUUAGAAGGAGAUAAAAGAUAUAUCAAAAAUAAAAUCUAAUAGUAACUUACUAAAAAUAAAAAAACCUACAAUAAGAUUAAAUACUGAUGAUAGAACUGAAAGGAAGAAAAAAGUAUCAAAUAAGAUAUAACUAUAAAAAGAUGAUUGAUGAAUAGAUGAAAAGAUUACAUGAAAUAAAUGAAACAAAUUUUUAAAAAGGUGAAAUAUAAUCAAGAGACAAAAGAAAUUGAAAAAUAAAAAGAGUAAGCUAAAAUGAAUGAAAAAUUUAAGUCAAAAAUAGAUGUUCAAAUAAAAAAAUAAGAUGCAAGACAUGAAAGUCAUUAAAGAAUAGCAGAAUUUAAAUAAUAAUAAUAGUAAUUAAUAAAAGAGAAGAUAGAAUAACAUAAGUAUAAAUUAUUAAUAAAUUUAGAAAACGAAUACUGGAGGAAGAAGAAAUGAUUAGAUUAAAUCAAAGACUAAAAUAGAUCUGUUAAAAUAAAUAAGUUAAUUGCUUAAUUGAUACAAAUUUAAAAUAUAGAAUAGAAAAAGCAAUCAAAUGCCAAACAAAUAAAUGA